UCCGGUAGAAUAACUUGGACUGAUCACUGCGACUCUGCGACUGAGUCGCCUCGUAAUCGUCCCGAAUUUCAUCCAACCGUUUCGUAAAGAAAUGCUUAGCCGGGGAUCGAAUGCUCGGAUUUCCGGCAUUUCUGUCCGAUCGCCGAUUUCUUCUCUUAUGCUCGCCAUGUUGUCCACCAUGGCUUCUCUGUACGUCGCCGGCCGUUUAUGGAUAGAUGCUGAAAAUAGAGUUUACUUAACAAAAGAGCUUGAUCGGAUAACUGGUCAGGGACAGUCUGCAAUCUCUGUAGAUGACACUUGGAAGGUCAUAGAGUGCAGGGAACAGAUGAAGACACUUUCAUCCUUGGAAGCAGAGCUGACAGCUGCUCAACAGGAGGGUUUUGUUCCAAAGGAGUUAGCCAAUACUAAAAAAAGGCCUUUGGUUGUGAUUGGGAUUUUUACUAGAUUUGGGCGCAAAAAUGAUAGAGAUUCUAUUCGCAAGGCAUGGAUGUCCACAGGUGCGGCCUUGAAAAGGAUGGAAGAUGAGAUGGGUGUUAUUGCCCGAUUUGUCAUUGGCAGAAGUUCUAAACGUGGGGACAGCUUAGACAGAAGUAUCGACGAUGAAAACAGAGAAACCAAUGAUUUUUUCAUUCUUGAAGAACAUGUUGAGGCUCCUGAUGAAGUAUCAAAAAAGGCAAAACUAUUUUUUGCUCAUGCGGCUGAUGGGUGGAUUGCUGAUUUUUAUGCAAAAGUAAAUGAUGAUGUCUACGUAAAUAUUGAUGCCCUAGGGAACACACUUGCAGAAUAUGUGAACAAGCCUCGCAUAUAUGUUGGGUGUAUGAAAUCAGGGGAAGUCUUUUCUGAGAAGGGACAUAAAUGGUAUGAACCAGACUGGUGGAAAUUUGGUGAUGGAAAAACGUACUUCCGUCAUGCUUCUGGGGAUAUGAUUGUGAUAUCACGAGCAUUAGCUAAACAUAUAUCAAUAAAUAGAUCCAUCCUUCGUACAUAUGCGCAUGAUGAUGUCACUGUCGGGUCUUGGUUCAUCGGCGCUGAUGUCAAGCAUGUGGAUGAUAAGAAGUUUUGCUGUUCUUCUUGGUCGACAGGGUCCAUCUGUUCGGGCGGAUAAGUGUAGAACCUUUCUAACCGGACGAUACUAUUGAAACAUUGUAUUCUUAUGACUUCACCAUUCUUUAUACAUUGAAGAGACCGGGUCGACAUUGAGACGUGGGGAGUUGCUCUCAGUUAUGGGUAUCCCAAAAUACACACAGAGAUGUAUAGUCGUCACAGUUUUUUUUAAAGUAAGGACAUGAGUCACAUGACAUAGGACAUUUUUUCUUGUUAAACUGUGCUUGAACUAUGAUAUAUAAAGGGGUUGUUUCCCCGGGUCACUCUUACCUGUACAACUUGCAUGUUCAGUUGUAAGCACUUCAGGUGUGAGGUGUGAUAGUUAUAUAGAUAUGUGAGUUUUUUCAUUGAUACUUAAAUUGAUUACAGUUUUUUUUCUAAGCUUUUGAGGGUAUAAUUCGAAUUUAUUCCGUAAUAGAGUAAGAGAAUGGUUUUUAAUGAAGAACAUGGCUUUUU